UUCAGUUGUAUGUGAAGCGUGAACGACGUCGGAGCGCCCACGCGGCAAAUACAAAUUUGUAAGAGAUACGAAAAGUGUGUGUCAAGCUCGCAUAUGUGUUAGUGGUGUUUCUUGUUGAGCGACCGACAGUCAAGCUAAUUGGUUCAUGCUGGCUGUUACGUGGCUGCAGCGCUGCCUUUAAUUAACUAACUAGCAGAGGAACUGGCACUCCAGCUUAAAUCAAACGAACACACAUACACGCACACAUCAUACAUAUGAAAACCAAAAAAAAAAAGAAGCAGCAGCAUCAUUUCAGUUUCAAAUUGGUAAUAAUACAACACAGUUAAAAAACAGAAAUUUGGAAAAAACAAAAUUGUAUGUGCUGUAAGGGGGAAACCUAAACAAAAUCAAUAAUUGGCCGAGCCUGCGUGUGUUUGUCUGUGCGUGUGUAAGUCGUGUAUGUGAGAGUGUGUCAACCUUGCACGCUGGCCAACUGAAGCAGAGGCCAUGCUGAUUAAGCAAUAAGUGAAAGAAGCAGCACACUACAAAUAAGAACAACUCCAGAAGUCAAUAUGCAGCAACAGCAACAACAGCAACAGCAACAGCAACAGCAACAACAACAACAGCAACCAGCUGUCGUUGCCAGCUCAAGCAGCGGCCAUCAGACGCCUAUCACCACAGGUGCCGGUGCUGCUGCUCUACCAAGUAGCAGCACACCAAUUCGCAUAGGUAGCGCAAAGCAUGCGGGCGGUGGGGAUACAUUGGUGCCGCCAGUGACAAACACGGCCUCCCAUUCGGUGCCCGGCACACCCCAACAGCAGACGCCGCAGUCGAGCAGUGUGCCCACAGCCACUGGCAGUCAUCUGCAGCUGCAGACAGCCGGAAUAAUGUCCAUGGCGGCCUCCAAUCAAUCCUUGGGCUUGAGCGGCGGAGUUGGCACCAGUGCGGGCGGCAGUAGCAUCAGCGGCAUUAACAUAACGCCACCAAACAGCGCCGGCCUCAGGCAGUCGUCAGGAAUCGCCAAUUGGGCCGCAGAUACUCGCGAUGGCAAUGCGGCAGAUAAGUCUGCUGCAGAUGCGGCCAAACUCAACCGCAAGGAGUCGUAUAAGGCACAGCGCAAGAACUAUCGACGUGAGAAGAAGCGCGUGGCUAGUGAGUUGAUGAAUUCCCUGCAGGAUCCGGCGGUCAUAGUGCUGGCUGAUUGGCUAAAGGUGCGCGGCACACUUAAGUCCUGGACGAAGUUGUGGUGUGUGCUGAAGCCCGGCCUGUUGCUCAUCUACAAGAGCCAAAAGACAAAGAGCAGCCACUGGGUGGGCACAGUGAUGCUCAGUUCAUGCCAGGUGAUUGAGCGGCCCAGCAAAAAGGAUGGCUUCUGUUUCAAGCUCUUUCAUCCGUUGGAGCAACCCAUUUGGGCGCCACGCGGACCAGACAAGGAGACCAUAGGCGCUGUGGUCCAACCGCUGCCCACAGCGUACUUGAUCUUUCGAGCUCCCAGCCAGGCGGCUGGCAAGUGCUGGAUGGAUGCACUGGAGCUAUCGCUGCGAUGCUCGGCUCUAUUGUUGCGGUCCAAUAGCAGCACCACGCCGUCCAACAACUACACCGAAGAGCCGUUGCCCGCCUCGGACGAGGCUCAGUGGUCGGAAGCCGACUAUGAGAAGCAUUUCAACGAUCAUGAUCUGGACGCUGACAGUCAAAAUGAGGCGCCCAAUGCGGCAAUGUCCGGUCUGGAGACCGAUUCAGAGUCAGAGCCGGCACAUGAAGAUGAUGCCGGUGAACAACUCCCAUGCCAGGAAACUAGCUAUGUGCCAUUUCAAGAAGAAGAGUUUGGCGAGCAAGGCGAGCAAGUGGAGGAGUUGGCCGAGGAGAACAAGAGUCUCAUCUGGUGUAUCGUAAAGCAGGUGCGACCCGGCAUGGAUCUAAGCAAGGUAGUACUACCUACCUUUAUUCUUGAGCCGCGCUCUUUUCUGGACAAGUUGUCAGACUCUUACUAUCAUGCGGACUUGCUCUCUAGGGCUGUCCAUGAAGAUGACGCGUACACACGCAUGAAGUUCGUUGUGCAAUGGUACCUGUCCGGUUUCUACAAGAAACCCAAAGGCCUUAAGAAACCAUACAAUCCCAUAUUGGGCGAAACGUUUCGUUGCUAUUGGCAACACUCAAACGGCAGUCGCACCUUCUACAUAGCCGAGCAGGUCUCGCACCAUCCGCCGGUUUCGGCGUUUUAUGUAACGAAUCGCGAGGAUGGCUUCAGUAUCUCCUGCUCCAUCUUGGCGAAAUCGAAGUUCUAUGGCAAUAGCACGUCGGCCGUACUAGAGGGUAUGGCCACGAUGACGCUACUGCCACGUGGCGAAAUUUAUACGGCAACCACGCCUUAUGCCCACUGCAAGGGCAUACUCAUGGGUACAUUGUCCAUGGAACUCGGUGGCAAGAUAAACAUCGAGUGCGAGAACACCGGUUACAAGACGGAGCUCGAAUUCAAGCUGAAACCAUUCCUUGGCGGCUCCGACGCCACAAAUAUGGUCGUUGGCAAAAUUAAAUUGGGUAAAGAAACUUUAGCCACUAUUAGCGGUCACUGGGAUAAGGAGUUACGACUGAAGGAUCUAAAAACGGGUGAGGAAAGUGUGUUAUUGAAGGUUGAUUCAGAGAUGCGGUCGAAGCGGCUGACACGUUACCUGGUGCCAAUGGAGAAGCAAUUACCAACGGAAUCGGCACGACUCUGGAGUCUUGUGUCCGAUGCGAUAGCACGAGAAGAUCAAGUGGCUGCCACCGACGAGAAAACCGUGCUGGAGGAGAACCAACGGGCUGCAGCCAAAUCACGUAUCGAUAACGACAAACCGCAUGUUCCGACCCUCUUCGAACUUAACGGAGACGGUGAUUGGAUAUACAAGUAUGCGGAUUUGCGACCAUGGGACGUGCGCAACGACGUGCGCCAAUACGAGUGUAAUUAUAAGGUGCUUACCGAGACGCGAAAUAAUGUAUUGCGUGUUGGAAAAGACGUUGGAAGUCAGUCAGGUAGAGGAUUGAGCGCCCUCAGCUCAAAGGCCUCAAAAACUAGAAACAAGUCCCUCGUGUUGGCCCCUCGCGACACCUAUUCAGACUCAAGUCAAUCGCCGCAGGGUGGCGUUAAGCGUGGUUCAAACAGCGCCGCCAUGAGACAACUCGCCUUGGCCGUCGAGCAGAUGACCCUAACGCUGGCAAACCAUUCGAAGCAGCUGAACGACAUCACAAACCGGCUGGAACGCAUCCAGUAUGCGCCGCACUUGAGGAAUGGCAGCAUCAGUUCACAGGAGCCUUUUGGCGGCGGCGUUUCCCUAUCGACGGUGGUCAAGUCUCUAUUCUAUGCUUUAAUUGGGCUAACGGUUAGCGUGAUUCUUCGCUGGUUAUUUAAAUAGUUAUUUUGGUUUAUCUUCCUACAUCUAAGUACAACUUUUGAGCUAUGGUAUACAAAUAUAGUCUAUUUAUACACGCCCCAUAUUAUUCUAAAGCUAAAACCAUGCCUCGUCUAUUGUAUAUUCUGUCCCACUCAAAAAAUGCCUUGGCACCCAGCCAAAGAAACCGAUUCGCUGUUCAAAUCAGCGUCGUGUAGAGUCAAUCAAGAAUUAUGAAUUAAGCUAAUUGGUAUGUUAGUCCCAAUAAAUGUCUACAAUAUAAUAAUAGCUAAUAUGGCCCCCAAAUGUUGAGAGGCCCCAUCAGUACGUUUAGGCUUAUUCGUUUUAUAAAGGAUACGUAUAUCUAUCUACAAUAAAAACCAGCACCAAAAUUUCGUAACGAUUCCAAUUCACUGACACUAAUCUAAUGUAUUCGAUUCCUGUUGUUUCAAAACACAAAUUCAUAAAUAUAACUAUUACUCAUAAUAUAUAUAUACAUAUAUAUGUAUAUAUGUGGGAUCUUAUGACAGAGCUACUCGAGAGGCUUUCUCAAGAACAAGAACAACGUGCAACACUCAUAAACAUUAAGAAAGUUUAAUGCUAAAGUGCUUAUUAUAAAUUUAGUGUACUAUAUACACGAAAUACACUUUUUUUUUUCAUAAAACCAACCAAAAUUGUACGACCUGAAAACAUAUUUGACUUGAA